AUGGUUGAGGAAGUGUCUGACUGGAAGCCCAUCUGCGUGGCUUCGACGCAGGGCAAUGACAACCCCCGAAGUCCCGGUUCUAAUGGAGAGAGGCCUGCCUGUGAAAAUUCAGACUACUCCGGAUCAAACUAUUUCAAAGGCGCAGAGUGGUCGCCCGAUGGCGCGACUCUGUUGACUGAUUCAGCAGACCACCAUAUCAGAACAUUUAUUCUACCGCCGGACCUCUUGGAUGAGAGGGCGUCACCACAUCGGUUGUCUCCGUAUUCUACUUUACCGUCAGCAGAGCCCACAUAUGCUACCGCUAUAUACCCCUUUUACUCGCUUCAAGAUCCGUCCACUACAUUGUUUCUCUCUUCAAUCCGGGAUCAUCCGAUCAAACUCGUGUCUGCUCUUGCUCCAACCACGAUGGCAACUUAUUCCCUGAUUCAUCCGACCACGGAGGCCUUCAUUGCGCCACACACCAUCAUAUACCCUUCUGCCCUUGGAGGAACACAUUUUCUCACUGGGUCAGACAGUCUUAUUUGCUUGUUUGAUGUUUCCAGGCCUGGGAGUGACGGCCCUGUCUCAUGGAUGCCCACGAUUCCUAGCAAACGAAAGCAGAUUGUGGGUGGAGGUAUCGGUAUGAAAGGUAUCGUAUCAGCGAUGGCAGUCAGCCCGGUUGGUGAUGGUAUACUUGCCGCGGGUACCUUCACGAGGCAGAUCGGUCUUUAUGAUUCCAAUGGAUCCGGGCAGCUUCUAGGCACUUUCAGCGUUGCCAAGGCGGAGGCUAACCGCGAGAUCGGUGGUCGAGGUGUCACGCAGCUUCUCUGGAGCCCUUGUGGAAGAUAUCUUUACGUCUCUGAACGAAAGAGCGACGGAGUGUUGAUUUAUGAUAUCCGAGUAACGGGGCAACUCCUUGGGUGGCUCCGGGGCCGCAAGGCAUUCACGAACCAACGCAUGAAGAUAGAUGUCGUACCUUCAGGUGACAGCGGCUCCCAUGAAAUCUGGGCCGGGGGAACAGAUGGAUUUAUGAGGGUCUGGCGGAACCCGACCCAUACGGUUGGUAGUAGAGAUCCUGAUUGGGAAUGGAAGGUUCAUAAUGACUCUGUGACCAGUACUGUACUUCAUCCUAUGGGAACUGUGGCAGCCACAUGCUCGGGGCAGAGACACUAUCCGGACGAUGCAACCCGCGACGAGAGCUGCUCUCCUUCAAACGUGGGGAUUGACAAUACCUUGAAAGUCUGGUCGAUGCCAUUUCUUGAAACCCUAUCAGAUGGCUAG